AAGUGGCUGCUGUUGGCUUCAUUGUGGACAAAAAACUGCGAAAUCAAGGAGAGGGACAGCGCCCAGAAUAACUGUAAACCUCUGCUAACUGCGUGGAGCAUCGCGUCGGAAAUGAGACUCAGGACUUUACCUCCGGGCUGUGGGACAUUAAAACAGAGGACAUGUCCUUUGGUUUGUUGAAGCCACAACGCAACACUCAACUCGCCAAGCAUGCUACAAUAGUGAAACCUUGCCUCUACUUAGCAGCCGUGUUUGAUCCAAGAGAAACGUGCCUUGUAAGGAAGCAGGAUGUUCACGGGCUCUACAAAACUGCCACCCACUAAAACCCCCCAGCCCGAGCGGCUGGAUGAAGUUUACGCUGCCUUACGCAGAGGCUUACAGUCGUACCUGCAGGUCCACCAGCUGGAGCUGGACAGUCUGGGUCAGCAGAUCAGAGAAAACAAGAGGAAUGGCCGAUUGGGUUCUCUGUACGAGCAGGAUAAGCAAGUUAAAGCCAUCGAGAGGUUUAUGAGACGCUUGGAAUUCCACCUGAGCAAGGUCGAGGAACUAUAUGAUGCUUAUUGUAUACAGCGGCGACUGCGUGAUGGAGCAAGUAAAAUGGUGGCAGCCUUUAAUUUGGCCACCGGCAGCAAGGAGGCCAGAGAGAGCCUCAGUGAAGCUAACAAGGGCUACAGAGAAUGCACAGAGCACAUGUGCUCACUUGAGAGUGAAAUAGAAAGCCAGAUGGGAGAAUUUCAUGUCAAGAUGAAGGGCCUCGCUGGCUUUGCACGGCUGUGUGCUGGUGACCAGUACGAGGUCUUAAUGCGAUAUGGAAGGCAACGCUGGAGGCUAAGAGGCCGUGUGGAAGUCAGCAACAAGCAGAUCUGGGACAGUGAAGAGUACAUCUUCCUGCCCCUCGUCACAGAGCUGCUGUCAAUCAAGGUGACGGAGCUGAAGAGCCUGGCCAAUCACGUGGUGGUGGGGAGCGUGUCCUGCGAAAUGCUCGACCUGUUCUGUCCACUUCCUCAGACGCUGGCGGUGGAUAUAAACGACUUGGGGACGGUGAAGCUAAACUUAGAGGUGACCUGGAGUCCAUUUGAUAAGGAUGACCAGACAUCAUCCAGCAGUACAGUUACCAAACGGCUGCUGUCCAAUCAGAGCCCUCCUGACACACCCUCUAUGCGGGAGCAGGUGUUUUAUUCUCUGCUGAGGCGACAGGGAGAAAUGGAGAACGGGACGGUGUGGUCCAACUCCUCAGAAUCCUCUGAUGACUCCUCCAGUCCCGCCCUGGCUCACCACGCUCAGAGACUCGCCGCCUCCAACUUGCUGCCCACCUCUCAGCUGUCCUUAACACAACACAAGUCCAGCGCUUCGACUCCGUCCCUUUCCUCCAACCAGGAGGAGGAAGAGACAGAGAGCGGGGAGGUUUUCUCUCAGACGGACGCUGUGCCAAACGGCCACCUGCAGACUCACACAGAGCAGAGGAGCGCGGCGGACUGUACUGUGACCAACCGAGCGUCCGUCCAAUCAGCUGACGUCUCUGAGACCUCAGCAGAGCUGAGCGCUGUGGUUUCCUCUGUAGCUCCUGUGACACGGGCGGAGGCAGCACAUGUGUGUGAGAGUGGAGUCUCACAGGUGGGUGUUUCAGCAGCGGGAGUGAAGGAUGAUGCUCCUGAGGACUCAAAAGAACAGGCAGGACAGACUGAAGCAGAGGACCACAUCACUAAAGCAGCAGGAGAGGGAAAGACGGACACAUCACAGGCACAUAGUGAGCUGAAUCCACCCGUCCAGGAGUCUCAGAAACCACAGGACGCUCCGACGGUCCCCUUUCCUAUUUCUUCCAGUUUCACUCAGGAGCUCGAGACAGCGCUCGAAAGUUUCGACUUUCUCAACAGCUCUGACCUCGAUGAAGAUGAGGAGGACGAGGAGCAAAAGCAGGAAGACAAAGAAAAAAAGAAGGAGGGUGAGAGGCAAGAUGAAGAAGACCAACACAAAAUAAUGACCACGACAGUAGAUCAGCAAGAAGAGGAGGAAAAAGAAGAGGAUGAUGGGAAAGAAGAAAAAGACCAACACAACACAGAGGAGGAGGAGAUGGUGGAGGGAACAACAAAUGAAGAGGAAGAGGGGAAAGACGAAGAGAGCCAAAACAAAAUCCAGAUAGAGACAGUUGAGGAAGAGGAAAAGGAAAAGGAGGAGGAUGAUGGGCAAGAUGAAGAGGACCAACACAAAAUAGAGGAUGUGACCAUAGAGGAAAAAGACAGAGGAAAGGAAGAGGGGAAAGAUCAGGAGCACCAAAAGGAAAUAGAGGACAAGACAGCAGAGGAGGAUAAGGAAGACAAAAAAGAGGACAGGCAGCAUGCAGAGACCCAAAACAAAAGUGAGGAGGAAACAGCAGGGGAAGGAGAAAAAGAAGAGGAUGAUGGGCAAGAUAAGGAGAGCCAAAAAGAGAUGGAGGACAAGACAGUGGAAGAAGAAGUAAAGGAGGAGGAUGGGCAACAUGCAGGGAGCCAAAAUGAAACAAAGGAGGAGACAGUGGAGGAAGAAGAAAAGGAGGAAGAUCAAAGAAAAGAUGAGACGAACCAAAACAAAGAGGAAGAUGAGACGGUGAAAGAAGAAGAAAAAGAAGAUGAAGAAGAGGACUUUUAUUCUGGAGGAAGCUGCGAUGAUGAGGAGGGAGGAGAACUAGAGAUCCUAAUGGAAGCCCCAGAAGGAUUUAGAAACUCAGAUGAAGAUCGUUUCUCUGACUCACAGGAGUCAAGCGUGGAGGAUGUGCAGGACUGGUUGCGUCGGAUAGAAAGAUCGGAGGGUGUGGAGGAGCACAGCGAGGAAAAGGGAGAUGAACAGAAUGAAGAGGAGACGUCACAUGAUCAGGAGGAGCGUCCCCAUACCCCAGGCCAUUUGGCCACUGCUGUCUUUUAAUGACACAGUGGAACCAUAGCUAACUCGUUUCUCACACUCUCAUCCCGUCUCCUUCUCACUCUGGGGGGGGUCUGGAGGCCUUGAGGAUGUUCCACUUACUGCUCAGACAAACAGACUCUCCUGUUACGGCAGAGCCUGUGCACGUAUUUGCCUUGUUCUGACCGAGAACGAUAAACCUUGAGGUUUCUGCACCUCAGCCAUGACUCAAAGUCCCCCACCCCCAAAGAAAAAUAAGUCCCCUCUCUUUCAAACACACACUCCAUCACGUUGGUGUUGCCUUGGUUUAAGUGGGAAACCAUUUGUUUACACUUUCAUAAACUGUUUCUGCCAUGAGAGCAUUUAAUGUCCGGAACAUUUCAGAAACAGCUAAAGCGGCCUUGUUUUUUGUGUUUUAUCAGUGCAUUUAUGACAUAAUCCAAUAAUUUGUAAAAGUUUUUUAAGUUCAAGUGGAUGGUAAUCUAAAGAGGAGUAAACAAUCACUGAGCUGCAUCAAAGUGUUCAACAAACUAACAGUAUUUGUGGAUCUAAAAACCAUGGAGGUUUUGAUUUUUCAGUGUUAAAUCAGUGUUCAGUCCAGAGCUCAUCUCUGCCAGCGGGAGAGGAAGAGUUCAUGAGCAUGUGAUGUUUGUCUGAAGAUUUUAAUCGACGUGCUGUGGACUUGGAAUCAUUUCCAAAUCAGGACUGUUCUCUGAAAACCAACAGGAUCUUUUUGGACACAGUUUAAUCACAACAUUUAGAAAUCCAGCAGUUACGUUCUACCUUCAAAUCAACACCAGGAGCAUAAGUUAUAUCAGGAAUGAAUAAAACAUGAAGGAUAGGAGUCAUUUUGGUCUUGUUUUACAAUCAGUGUAAACCUAUAUUUAAACCUGCAUGUGUCGCUGCCUCACACUGCCAGCAUGUCUGUAUAAAAGCUCAAAUGAUCAGUCCAAGUGUGUAAGCUCAGCUCCUGUGUGAGGAAGCCAUCCGGUCUUUAGCUGUGUUAGGAAGCCGCCUCACGGGGGCGCUAUAGUCCGUCAGUAUCAUGCUUCAUAUGUUGUUCUUCAAAAGCCUCGUUAUUCAGAAAGUGCCUCAGAGAUGUAAGGUUUAAAAUGCCACUACAGGAGAGAUAAGGCAAAAGGUUAACAGUGUUUAUUUUCUGAAUUAUUUUAAGUGUGCACAAUAAGAGAUAUUUACUGUUUCAUAUAAAGAAUUGUAUAUGUCUUGAAAUGUUCAAAUGUUUAUGUUCAGAAAUGUUACUACUUUAUAAAGGUUUCUUUGAACAAA